UGCGCUUGAUCCACUUAUUCUCUUGUAAAGAUUUGAAGAUCUUACAUAAAAAGGUUGUUUUGUUUUCUUAUCUGGAUGUUGGAUAGUAAAUCAGGAAACAGUGUGACUUCUGCUUAGCCACCGAAGAGCCCUGUUGACUUUUGUCUUUGGAUAUAUGCUGUCAAUGGAAAGACUCCGUUCUGGUGAUCUACUGUAAAAAACUACUUCCUGCCUUCUGCUUAUCAGAACAAACGUAUUGAUCACUGACAUGUAGAAGUUGGAGAAAGCGCUGGAUUGUGAGAGAUAAAGAAAAACCUUGAGGAUCAACAAUGUACUGCUGGCAUGGAUUACCUUACCUGGGAGGGCUGAUAAUGGUGGUGGUCGCCAACAAAAUGCUGGAUGAGUGCUUGUCAUCAAACCGUACAUACACCAUGAAUGUUGUACUGCUGGAGGACGACACUUAUGAAUGGAGUCGACCAUUUGUGCAGAAGGCUGUGGAACAAGCCAUUGAGAAGGAUAGGCUGGAGAACCUUAACGAAGGCUUACACUUCACUUUAACGGCUAAUUACAAUGGGUUCAACACCGCUGUGUACAAAAGGCAAGGAUGCGGGAGCAGCACCUGCGAAGGGGUGGCAAUACUCAAGAGGCUCGACAGUAAUGGUGAAGUUGGAUGCGUAAUGUUGGGGCCUUCCUGCACUUAUGCCACCUUCCAGUUAGUGGAUGAAGAAAUUGGCUUGAGCUUGAGCAUUCCUGUAAUCUCUGCUGGGAGCUUUGGCCUCUCCUGUGACUAUAAACCGAAAUUGACCCGCAUUCUGCCUCCAGCACGAAAAGUCUCUGACUUCUUAGUGAAUUUUAUGAAAGAAGAACUGCCAUUUAAGACUAUUUGGAGGAAAGUAUAUGUGUACAAGAAGUCCAACAACGUAACUGAGGACUGCUUCUGGUACAUCAACGGAUUGGAAGCAGCUUCAUACAAGUUCAGCUUACAUACAAACAGAGUGGUGCUGCGUGGUGAAGAAGCUCUCUACAGGGCACUGGAAAAUAAAAAAAGACACAGCAACAUUUUCAUUCUUUGCGGGAAUGUCAGUGAUAUUGUUUCAAUAAAGGAGAAGGUGAAGUCGCUUGCUCAAGACACCAUAUUCAUUCUCCUCGACAUUUACAACACUGUGUAUUAUGACAAUUCAACAUCCACUGUUGGAAUGGAAGACGUCCUAAUUAUCACUCUGCCACAGAGGGACUACACCAACAGGUCAAACUCGACAUAUAACGAUACGAUAAAUGACUAUGUGGCUGGUUAUCAUGAUGGGGCUCUGCUGUUUGGAAAAGUGCUCAGACAGAGGAUGCUCAUCCUACAAAAUAAAAGAGAAUCAACUGGUGUGCCUGUUGAUGACAAUCCUUUUGCAAAUGCCUCUUUUUAUGGUAUGGGAGGACACUAUUUGCUUGAUGAGUAUGGUGACAGAGAUGUUAACUUCUCCAUGAUCUACACAUCAGCUAAAAGUCACAAGUAUGAAACUCUAUUAGUGUUUGAUACCUCACAAAAUAAAACCAUAGAGAUGCACCCAGAACCUGCUCUACCUUGGAGAGGAGGAUACCUGCCUGAUGAUGAACCAGAACCAGAUGAUUCAAAAGUAACUACACGGGACGUGAUUGUGAUCGUUUUGGGUGUCAGCGUUGUGGUGGUGACGGCCAUCGCUCUCAUCUUCUACAGGCAAAACAGGAAAGAGCGUAUGAUGCAGAAGAAGUGGUCCCACAUUGAGCCACAUCUGAUUGGUCCUUUGGAUGAAAAGGAGGUCUCUCUAAAGAUUGAUGACGAUAAGAGGAAGGACAGCACAUACUUUUCUCAUCGAGGUUGCUAUGACAAGAAGCCUGUAAUUUUGAAGGAGCUAAAACACCCAGAAGGAGAUUUCACAGAGGAUCAGAAGAUUGAACUUAACACUCUGCUGCGCAUUGAUUACUACAACCUGACCAAGUUUUAUGGCACUGUGAAGUUUGAGUAUGGUGUGUUUGGGGUGUUUGAACUGUGUCAGAGGGGCUCCCUCAGGUAUAUUCUUAAUGACAGGAUAUCCUACCCAGAUGAAACCUUCCUGGACAUGGAGUUUAAGAUAUCAGUCAUGUGUGACAUAGCAAAGGGCAUGUCGUAUCUUCACUCAAGUAACAUUGCAGUUCAUGGUCGCCUCAAGUCCACCAACUGUGUGGUUGAUAAUCGUAUGGUGGUCAAGAUAACUGACUUUGGUUGCAACACCAUUCUGAAGCAAGGCAGAGAUUUGUGGACGGCCCCAGAGCACCUUCGUAAAGGUGGGGUGUCUCAGAAAGGCGACAUCUACAGCUAUGGCAUCAUUGCCCACGAGAUUGUUAUGAGGUGGGCCCCAUUCUAUACGCUGUGCUGCUCUAAUACAAUAGAGAAGCUCUACAGAGUGGAAUUUCCCAGAAACAACAUCCUUUUCAGACCUGAUCUCAACUUUGAAGGUGCAUCAGACAGGGAGAUCGAGCUCUACAUGCUGAUAAAGAACUGCUGGGAUGAAGACCCUGAGCGGAGGCCAGACUUCAAGAGAAUAGAGUUAACUCUGGGAAAGAUUUUCAGUAACCUGCAUAAUCAAGCCACUGAGACGUACAUGGACAAGCUGAUUCGUCGUUUACAGAUGUACUCCAAGACGCUGGAGAAUCUGGUGGAGGAGAGAACCUCUCUGUACAAAGCUGAGAGGGACAGAGCAGAUCGCCUCAACUUUAUGCUCCUCCCUGGCCCAGUGGUCCGCUCCCUAAAAGAAACAGGCAGCGUACAGCCAGAGCUGUUUGAGGAAGUGACCAUUUAUUUCAGUGACAUUGUGGGAUUUACCACCCUAUGCCACUACAGCACCCCCAUUGAGGUGGUCGACAUGCUCAACGAAAUCUACAAGAACUUUGACAGCAUCUUGGACCAUCAUGAUGUGUACAAGGUUGAGACAAUAGGAGAUGCAUACAUGGUUGCAUCAGGUUUACCCAAACGGAACGGCGACAGGCAUGCAGUGGACAUCGCCCAUAUGGCCCUGGACAUUCUGUCAUUCGUGGGGACCUUCGAGUUGCAGCACUUGCCUGGGAUCCCUCUGUGGAUCCGGAUUGGUGUGCAUUCAGGUCCUUGUGCAGCAGGAGUGGUUGGAAACAAGAUGCCUCGAUAUUGUCUUUUUGGAGAUACAGUCAACACGGCCUCACGCAUGGAGUCAACAAGCCUGCCUUUAAGGAUUCAUGUAAGCCAGUCCACUAUCAACAUCCUGGAAAGGACAGAUGGCAAGUUUGAGUUUGAAAAAAGAGGCGAGACCUUCCUUAAGGGUAAAGGUAAAGAGAUGACAUACUGGUUGACAGGUGUGACAGGAGGAAAAUACAGCCUGCCAACGCCACCAACAGCGGAGAACUUCCAGCGGCUCCAGCAGGAUCUGGCGGAGAUGAUCGUGUCUAGUCUGGAGAAGCGUGGAAGUUGGAAAGAGGGCUUUGAAAGGCGAAAGACCCUGUCUGCCAAAAUCCGCUGGAGAGACAGCAACAGCAGCAUGCAGAAGGAAAGCCCGCCUGAGUACUUCCACCUGGCUGUCACUGACCACCCCAGUACCUCCCAGUGAAUACAGCACAGAGCAGCUUUCCUUCAAAAGACAAUAGAAAAAUGUGUUUGUGUGAGUCAACACGUCAGGACAGCCCUUUGAUUUAAGGGGUGGAGUGAUAAUAGAGGAGCAGCAGUCUGGCAUGCAAGCAUGGUAAAGGUGAGGCUGAUGUGCUGUUUAGAUAAGUGUUCUUUACCCUGGGUCACAUUCCUCGUUAUCUUUACUCAUUCUCUAUCACACACAGCUUCUUUGCAUCAGUCUAACUAAUUGUAAUAAAGAAAACUCUCAUCCAGUUUAUGAGAUUUGUUU